AUGAAUGAAGUCUGGAAGACAGAUGUAAAUAAAGUACAGAGAACUGGGAGUAGAUCUACACUUCAGGAAAAGCCUGAGAGUAAUGUAGGCAGAACACAACCAGGAUAUACUUCCAGUAGCAGCAAUGCUGCAACAGUACACAGUGCAAAUGCGGGCAUAAACAAGAGAAAUAGUAGACUGAACAUUCCUGCUGCCUUCUUGGCAGACAAGCAAGAACCAGCCAUGAAUAGACCUCCAAUUCCAAUUAAGAAAGUUGUGACAAAUCCUGUAGAGGAUAUCAAACCUAGUUUUACUCCGAAACCGGCAUUAAAACCAGCUAGGCUUCCAACCGACAAAGAAGGAAGUGUGGCAACGAUUCUCAGGACCAUUAAAAAUGCAGAGAACAGAGCACAUGAAAAUGGGGAUGUUACAAACUCUGAAAACUCUGAAACCUCAAAGUCAAAACCUUUGAAUCCAUUUUUAGCAAGAGACUUGGAAAAUAAAGGUGAGACAACCAAUAAACCAGCUACUCCACCAAAGGCAUCAAAACCAGAUUCAGAUAAACCAGUUCCACCUUGGAAAGCAGGAAAACCAGUUGAAUCUGAAAAACCUCCACCACCUUGGAAAGCAGCCAAAAAAGAACCAGAUCCUGAAAAACCGGUGCCUCCAUGGAAGGCUAGAGCUUCUAUAGACCAAAAGGAUGAAGAAAAUACUUCUAACAAAAGUGAUAAUGUUCCACCAUGGAAAGCUCAGCUGGAAAGUAAAAAAUCAUCUGCUGAAACUAAUAGUGUGACAGAAGAAAAACCCUUGCCACUGUGGAAACAGAAAAAUCUCCAAAACAAGCCGGAGCCAUUGAGCAAACCAGAGGCAAAUAAAACAGAUUCAAAUGUUCCUCCUUGGAAAGCAAAUAUAGAACCUGUGCCAAAAGAUGAAAACAAACCCCCUCCCGUAAGUAGACUUAAAAGCAGUCCUUUCCUGGCAAAUCAAUCUGAAUUAAACAAAGUUAUAGGAGGACUGAAGAGAUCGAGCAGUACUGAAAAGUCGGAUGAACCACCACCUGUGCUAAGACACUUAAAAACUAAGAAAUCAAUAGUUCGGAAAUCUAUAACACGGCAAUUUGAUCAAAAAAAGUUUUACGCCGUAGAUAUAAAGACUGUAGAAGUGGAUGGAAACCCUCCUCCCAAACCUACAAAAUUACUUGGUGUCAUUAAUAUAGACAGUAUUGUGGAGGAUUAUAAAUCCAGACUUAAUACUACUUCAGAGGACAAACCUGACUCACCCCCAGAACAAGAGGAGGAGCUUGAGGUGGAUGAACUUUAUGAGGAACUACCCGAGGAACCAGUAUCAAGGAGGCCCGUAACUACCCAACAGGGAAGAGCCUCAAAGGUUGUCUCCCUCAUACCAGAAAUGGCUUCUGAUGAAGAGGAUGAGGGAGAGGAAUAUGCUGAUACUGCCAAUGUUGCAAGCCCUCCUCAGGUGGACCUCUCGUCCCUUCCCCCACCACCCCCAUCAAUCCCAUCCAGAGGGAGACCACCACCACCCACACCUACAACACCUGCUGACAAUGAGAUUGAACAAGAAGAAUACCAAGAUGCUGAAGCAGGUGGGAUUGAAGAAGAGGGCUUAGAGCAGGAUGAUGUUUAUGAACCACUGGAUGACAUUCAAGAAGAGAUGGACAAAAAAGAGGAAGAAGAAAAGAAAAGGCAACAAGAAGAGAAGAGACUUGAGAAGGAAAGAAAAGAGAAGGAGGAGAGAGAGAAAAAGGAAGAACAGAAAAGAAUGAAGGAGGAAAAGAAACGACAAGAGGAGGAAAAGAAGAAAUAUGAGAAAGAAAUGAAAAUGCUCAAGAAAAAGUUCCGUAUACAACCAUCUGACCUUGACAGUCCACAAGGUGAAGGUAACAUCAUGGAGGACGAUAAAGGAAGCAAAAACAGCCUGGAGGUCAAGAAGGGCAUGAGAGUUCAGAUAAUCCGUCUAACCGACAAUCCCAAGGGAAAAUGGCUGGUCAAAUUAGCAGCCACAGGAAUAGUUGGAUAUGUGGACUCCAGUAAUGUAGUCAUGGAAAACAACCUCAUUAAAUCGGUAAUGGCUGGUGAUUACAUGAACAGUAUGCCUCUUCCUCCCCCUCCUCCUGAAUUACUAAUGGAUGAUCAGGAGGAGUACGCUGAUGCAGACAUUGGUCCUGGAGAACCAGAUGAGCUGUAUGAGGCAGUGUAAAGUUCAAAGUCAGCAUGGACAAACUGCUACAAAAUUUGACUGUGAUUUUUUUUUUUUUUUUUUUUUUUUUUUUUUGUAUGUGUUUUUCCCCUAAGAAAGUGAAAUGACUCAUUAAAACAGAAAAUUGCUAAGCAGAGAGAAAGCACAGAAAAAGAUUCUUUUCUGCAGCCUGCGAUGGUACAUUUUACUAACAGAAAUCUCCUAUCUCUUAUUGGUGCAAUGGAAAGUAUCCAUAAAUCGAGGUUGAAUGUACAAUGGACACUGGUGAAUGUGGAGGCUUGCUACUUGACCCAUUCCAUUUGUCUUGUACUUAUUACCAUAUACCUGUAUAACUCUUACAUUCGCUCACUAAUGUUAACAUAUAUAUAUCAACUGACAUUUAUUGUAGUUGUAUGCAUUAUAUCUUUAUACAAUGUUUCAUAGUAGAUGUUGUCAGUAAAGACAUGACACUUUUGAUGCAUUUAGAAUGACAAAUAAAUUAAGCAUGUAGGUCUAUGAUUGACAUCUUUGAACAUGUUCAGUUAUUAAUUUGGGAUUCAGUAUUUUUUUAAGAGGAAAGCUCAGAGUGGUAAUAGAAUUAGACACGUCUCCUCGUGCAGUUCUAUUACUUGAGAAAGAAAUCCAUACUAGAAUAUGUUAUUGCUGCUAGGUUUGUCAAUGAUCAAAUAUUUAAAUCUUGUGGCACCUAAUGCCUGAAUUUUUUUUCAGUAUUGUCACUUUUUACUAGUAUACUCUAGUCACACAUUAUAUAAGUGCUUUGUUUAGCAUCUUUUUUCCCAUUUGAUUUUAUGAUCAUACAAUAGCUUAUAUAAUUGUCAAAACCAUAUUUCAUUGCUUUAAUCUACAUUUUUUAUAAACAUGAACCUGUAUCAAAUUGUACCAUACAACAAGUACAUACAGAAUACGACAGACUAGCUGAAAACUUAUUUUUCACCUUCAUGUAUAAACAUUGAUUUAAUGAAGAAAACAUCUUUAAGUGAAAUUUUAAAGAAAUGUGAACAUGUUUUUGCUAGGAAAAUACAAUUUCACAAUUUCUGUAUGGACAUUUACUUUUUAACUAAAAUAUAAUUUUAUACAUUAUUCUUUUUAAUUGACUGUUAAAUACAUAAGUGUACCAGAAACAGCUCAGCACCACCAGUGCUUUUGUCUUUUAACUUGCUGUGAUUUUAGCUCAAUUUUUUGUUUGUUUGUUUUUUGUAGUUUAAACAUUAUUUCAUCUCUAUAUUUAUUGUACAGUUUACAAUUGUUAAAUUUUGUACAAUGUAGAUGCCCCUUCCUCAAUUAAUUUUCAUUCCUUGUGUGUAACUUUCAAAUAAUCUGUAUAGCAUGGAUUGAACUGAAAACAAUUUAUUUGAAGUGUAUAAUUGCUCAGAGAGAAAAAAAAGACAAUCUUUGCUGAUUUAAUCAUCUGUGUUCAGCUAUGGUAUACUGCCACCCUACCGUAAUCCUUUUACUUAACUGGAAAUGUAAAUGCAUUCCUCCUUUUAAACAGAUUAUUUGUUAUUUAGCUGUAUUUUGUUACAAAUAAGAAAUAAAGCUAGAAAUACAAAGUUAA